AUGGAUGACCAGAUCGCCCACGAUCACAACCCCGCAAAGUCUGGGGACAAAUCUCGUCGCACUGCAAAUUUCCUUUGUCCUGUAUUUGCACAAGACACUCUCUUACCAUCGCCGUCAUCAUGGGUCUGCCAAGGUCAAGUGCUCAACACGAACAAGCCUAUGGGACGACCAUAUGUGAAGGAUCUUAUCCCACCGAACGUUGGUUCCGGCCCUCAUCGCAAAAAUGUCCAAGCCCGCACUCUUGGUGUCUGGAUAGUAUUUGUUCUCGUUAGCCUCGGCAUAUUUUCCCAGAGCUAUGUUGAUCUAGGACCGAAAUAUAGAGCUGCAGCUCUUGGGCUGAUAUUCCCUGGAGCUGGAUAUCUUGCGAGCGCCAAUGUAGUUGGUGGAAUAUUGUUCGCGCUGACUUGGGCUAGCAUUCCCCUCGCUCUCUUUGCGUGGUUCGGUGCUGGAGCAAUCUUGUUCCCUCUCCUCGUCUGGAGCUUGUCUAUUCUGGGAGCCUACUUUACUACCGGAGAUACCAUCUGGGAGAACUCAGGUUAUUGGGCCCCUGGCAUUCUCUUUGCAGGUUUCCUUUAUGCCAAUGUCUCGUCGCGAGCUGAAAGGAAUUGGGGCUAUAAGAAGAGAAUGGCGAGGAACGAAUUCAUUCUGCGCCAGGCUGCCAAGACCGACAGACUCGUCGCCGCAGCUUCCAAGAGAGAAGAAGAUGAAGAACUGAGCAUUGAGAGACUCAGGAAGCUGCAGUUCCUCUUUGAUAAGGCCUUUCAGAGUCUAGAUGACUGGUCAGGCUUUACUAUCGUCGAUCAGUAUCAGAUCGCAGCUCUUCGGUAUCAGAUCUACCAGAUGAUGUUUGUGCUUGGCCUUUACCAAUCCACCUAUGCCCCAAACGCCCACGGCUACGUCAACGAAGGUUUCCAAAGAUGGGAGCGCUUGACUGGCAAGUUCUCGCUAGACUGGGAUCCAGUUAAGAAAGACAAUAUCAUGGUCACAGGGUUCUUACUUCAGGGAGUCAUGCUUUACACCACCGAUACAGGCGAUAUGAGAUACACAAAGCCUGGAAGUUUGGUCUUCAAUAUUGACGACAAACAUUCCUACAGCUAUAGUCUCCAUGACCUGCAGGAAACACUCGUGCGACAAUGGUCUACUAGUCCUUACUGCCUGAUCUCGUAUGAGCCAAACUGGAUCUAUGUCAUGUGCAAUCUGCAAGGCAUGACGGGGGCAGUUCUGUAUGAUCGAGUCUUUGGAACAAAGUCAACUGAGGUACUACUGCCAAUAUUCGAAGAGUCACUUAACACCAACUUUACGGAGACUAGCGGUAGUGUCUUGACUAUAAGGUCCGAGUUGACAGGUUUCACCAUUCCCGGUCUGUGCGGUGCAGCAGGAGACUUGGCUGCCAUCAUGAUGGGAUGCGGUCCGCUGAGAAACUUCUCCCGAAGUCUUUGGGCUAUCAUUCGGAACGAGACAGUUCAGUUUGAUACCAAGACAAAAGAGGUUUCACUGACUGGACUGGUGGGAGCGGACAAGAUUGAUGCGGGCAAUUAUCGCCCAAAUGAGUAUGCUAUGUAUACUCAAUUGGCCAUUGCUGCAGGUGAAUAUGGAGAUGAAGAGUUGAAAGAGGCUUGCGUGAAUAAAUUUGAGCAAGCACGGGGCGUAAAUACAGCACCAACGGGGUCUCAGUAUCUUGACCUUGAGAAUGCGUCGUGUUUAAUGAACCUGGCGGCUUUGACAGCUGCUCUCAUCAGGCCCGGUGCAUAUCAUCGGAUGAUCCAGAAGGGUCCGCCUGAAACGGCUUUGAGAGGUCCUAUUCUUUCAGAAGUGCCAUAUCCUGGCAUUAUUAUAUUAAAAUAA